GUGACUUCUCUAUGGAUCGUCCUGUUAAUUCCAGUGGUGGUGGAUCAGUUACCUUUGACCGAAGUGGAUGGUCUACUCUGCCAGAGGAUCAGUCCAGCUGUGCAGUGUGUGAGCAGGUUCUGAGGGAUCCAGUCUCUAUCACCUGUGGACACAGGUUCUGCAGACAGUGCAUCACCAGAUACUGGGAGAAACCUGCUCCUUCAGGAGACUAUGACUGUCCUCAGUGUAGAAAGAGAUCCAGGACACGUCCUCUACUACAGCACCUGAGUGAACCCAAUGAUGCAAGAGGCUCUGAAAACAUGGAUGACAGCCUGCAGAGAGCUGUAGUAAACUAUAAAGACAGUCUGCGGAGAGCUGUAGUAAACCAUAAAGACAGUCUGCGGAGAGCUAUAGUAAACCAUAAAGACAGUCUGAGAAGGAGGUAUGAAUGUGUGAUAGAAGGCAUCGAAACAGCAGGGAACCAAACUCCCCUCAACAGGAUUUACACAGAGCUCUACAUCACAGAAGGAGAGAGUGAAAGGGUUAACAAUGAACAUGAGGUGUGGCAGCUAGAGACGGCAUCCAGGACACCAACCUCACAUGACACAGCAAUCCACUGCAAUGACAUCUUUAAACCCUUACCUGGCCAAGAGAGAAGCAUCAGAACUGUGCUGACGAAGGGCAUCGCUGGCAUCGGAAAAACUGUCUCUGUGCAGAAGUUCAUCCUAGACUGGGCUGAAGGGAAGGCAAACCAAGAUGUGGAGAUCAUAUUUGUGCUUCCUUUCCGGGAGCUGAACUUGAUCAAAGAUCUCCAGUACAGUCUUCUCAGACUUUUAAAUGACUUCCACACAGAACUAGACAUAGACAAUGCAGAGAAACUCACUGCCUGUAAAGCCAUGUUAAUCUUUGAUGGUUUGGAUGAAAGCAGACUUCCAUUGGAUUUCCAGCGCAACGAAACAGUGUCUGAUGUCACCCAGACAUCAUCUGUUGAUGUUCUGCUGACCAACCUCAUCAAGGGGAAUCUGCUUCCCUCUGCUCUCCUAUGGAUAACCUCCCGACCAGCAGCAACCAAUCAGAUCCCCCCUAAGUGUGUUGCCCAGGUGACAGAGGUACGAGGGUUCAAUGACCCACAGAAGGAGGAGUACUUCAGGAAGAGAUUCAGUGAUGAGGACCUGGCCAGCAGAAUCAUCUCACACAUAAAGACAUCAAGGAGCCUCCACAUCAUGUGCCACAUGCCAGUGUUCUGUUGGAUUUCUGCAAUAGUCCUUGAACACAUGUUGAGUACAGACAAGAGGAGAGAGAUGCCCACGACUCUGACUGAGAUGUCCAUACACUUCCUGCUCAUUCAGACCAGCCUGAAGAACCAGAAGUAUCAUGGAAGAGAUGAGAUGGAUCAAGAGGAGCUCAUGGAGUCAGAUAAGGAAGUUCUUCUGAAGCUGGGGAAGCUGGCGUUUGAAAAUCUGGAGAAGGGUAAUCUCAUGUUCUAUGAAGAAGACCUGAAAGAGUGUGGCCUUGAUGUCAAUGAAGCCUCAGUGUACUCAGGAGUGUGCACACAAAUCUUUAAAGAAGAGUCUGUGUUAUUUCAGAGAGUGGUGUACUGCUUUGUUCAUCUGAGCAUUCAGGAGUUUCUCUCGGCUGUCUACAUGUACCAUUGUUACACAACCAAGAACAUGGAUGCACUGAAGCCCUUCCUCAAGAGAAAGUCUAGAGCCGCGUCUGAAGAGCUAACCUUGGAUGAGCUGCUGAAGAGUACAGUGGAUAAAGCCUUGGAGAGUAAGAAUGGACACCUGGACCUUUUUGUCCGCUUCCUUCAUGGCAUGUCACUGGAGUCCAAUCAGAAACUCCUACGAGGUCUGGUGACACAGACAGAAAGCAGUCCAGAGAGGGUCCAGAAAACAAUCCGAUCCCUUAAGGUGAUGCAGAGGAAGAACAUCUCCCCUGAGAGGUGCAUCAAUCUCUUCCACUGUCUGAUAGAGAUGAAAGACCAUUCAGUACAGGAGGAAAUCCAAGCGUACUUGAGGUCAGAGAACAGAUCCAAAAACCUCACACAUGCUCAGUGUUCAGCGCUGGCCUACAUGCUGCAGAUAUCAGAGGAGGUUCUGGAGGUGUUUAACCUGAAGGAAUACAAGACAUCAGAGGAGGGUCGUAGGAGACUGCUCCCAGCUGUGAGAGGCUGCAGGAAAGCUCUGUAA